CGAAAUGGUCAAAAUGAUUGUUACGCUUUUGCUGUUUGGACUGGCACUUGUCAGCUCAACACAGCUGGACUCGAGUGAUUUUAUUACGAUGGAGGAAUACAAACGAAUAAUGGAAUUCCGCUCGCUUGCUUUUGAGUUCGCCCAGCAUUACGAAAAUAUUACACAAACAGACUUGGAUAUACCCAGCACACGAAUUCCCAACCAACAGGAUCUACAGUGCCUAGCCGAUAUGACUCAGUUGACCACUGGUCUGGCAUCUGGGAAGCUCUGGUCAGUAAAAAUGUUUGACUCGUGGGGCACUUUCCCAAAAGGAUUGCUAAUGGGAAACAUAUAUGACAUGGGCAACUACGAUGAGUGCAUUGGUAUUCAGAAGACAAUCUCGGAUAAAUAUAGAAUACAGGGCAAAUACUGCAUGGCAAAACUGCCUAUUUUAAAAUCGCUUGGCAUUCCCUUAGAUUUGAAUAUAGGAAUUUGCUUACCCGCCUCAUGCUCUGCUACCAACAUGAGUAUGUUUCUGAAGCAGAUGCUGCAAAAGCUUAUUGGUAUCAAUAUUAAUACCCAAUUAGUGACGGAGGAGAAUUGUAAGACUUCCGAUCGGGAACCCUUCGAUGGUCUAGCCAUAUUUACCAUCGUAUUCUUAUCACUGAUGGGAGCUGCCUUGGCUGUAGCCACACUUUGCGAUUACUUCCUUUAUGGCGAUCAAAGUAAAAGGCCACUUGUUGUAAUGGCGUUUUCGGCACGCGCGAAUUCUCGCACUCUUUUCCGCCUUGUGGAGCCCAGGACGAACCCCAACGUCAUCGACUGUCUCAAUGGAAUGCGCUGUCUGUCCCUGAUCUGGGUCAUCUAUGGACAUCAAUAUAUUAUGGCGCUUUUGGCGCCGACUAUGAACAGCAUAAGCAUUAUCCGGUGGUUCGAGGAGCCCUUUAGCAACUUGGUUAGUCACGCUGCGUUCUCAGUGGACACCUUUUUGUUCCUCGGUGGCUUGUUGGUGGUAAUGAUUUCACUGCGGGCCAUGGAAAGAACCAAGGGAAGGUUAAAUGUGCCUCUCAUGUAUAUUCAUCGCUAUUUGCGCCUUACUCCCAUCCUGGCUGUGGCUAUUCUUUUCUAUAUGACACUUCUGCCCCAUUUGGGAGAAGGACCCUUAAUUCACAAAGUCCGAUUUGAUGAUUAUUCACGUUGCGAGCGCACCUGGUUCUGGACUUUACUAUAUCUUCAAAAUUAUGCCACCUCUGAAAUCUGUAUCAGCCAUACCUGGUACUUGGCAGUGGACAUGCAACUGUAUAUUUUGUCGCCAAUAUUCCUCAUCGCCCUCUACAAAUGGGGCAAAAAAGGUGCAGCUGGAAUUUUUGUUCUCAUGCUGUUCCUCUCCGGCUGUCUCUUCACCACAAUGAUGACAAAGAAGUAUCCUAUUCGCUUACAACAGGGACACCUCCCUGUUGAGGCGCAACGCAAGUUAUAUUUUGCAACACAUACGCACGCGGCACCCUGGCUGUUGGGGUUCCUAUUCGGAUAUUUCCUGCAUGCGAAUCGCAACAGGACCUUUAAGCUGAACCACCUUUCGGUUUGGCUGGGCUGGCUUAUCAGUUUGGCCUUGUUGUUCACCUCGAUAUUUGUACUAUAUCCGGCUUCUAAGUGGCAUGCGUCACCCUUAAGUAUGCUGGAGCAGUCCUUGUAUUAUACGCUCACACGGAUUGCUUGGCCAUUGGGUCUGUGCUGGGUGGUUUUUGCUUGUAUGAAUGGAUACGGUGGAAUGGCGGAUAGUUUUCUCUCUUCACCGCUGUGGCAGCCCCUCUCAAAGAUCUCGUACUCCGCCUAUAUAUUUCACAUAGUUAUGCAGCAAAUAAUCGGAAGUCGAAUGCGGUCAAGCGCCUUUUUCUCCGACUUCGAAAUGAUGAUUAAGUUUUGGUCAACAUUCGGAUUCAGUGUGCUGUUAGCUUUCGUGAUGCACCUCAUUGUUGAGGCUCCCUUUGGGGUCCUGUCGACCAUGCUUAUGCCCAGUCGCCGGCCUACUCCAAAACCCGAAAACACCGCUGAGAUCCAUCAGGAAGCAGAAAUCGCGAAAUCUAAGACAACUUCUGCUUCUCCGGUUGAAAUAAUAGCAACAGCGAGCUCAGAGACAGUCAGUACUCUACUAUAAAUAUUAAAUCUACUCUGGCUAAUUAAGUAUUAAGUAAUUAAGUAUUAACAUGGGUUUUGGAUUAAAUGUGUGUUAAAAAGUUUCCGAAUUUACGAAGAACAUGAAAUUGUU